UCAAUAAGGCCCAUUAACCCAACCAAUCAGCCCACGAGCCUUAACCCCUCAAUAUCUAUCUCUAUCCUCUGUAUAACACACAAUCCUUGCAGCUAAACCCCUAAAUCUCAUACUUCUCGAGCAUAUCACUGUAAAGCUCAGAACUUGCUUCAUAAGGUAAAAGAUGGCCAAAGCCAACCCAAAGGUUUUCUUUGACAUAUUGAUCGGAAAGUCGAAAGCUAGACGAGUUGUGAUGGAACUCUUUGCCGAUGUGACCCCCAAAACUGCUGAAAAUUUUCGUGCACUCUGCACUGGGGAGAAAGGUAUGGGCACUGCUGGGAAAUACUUGCACUACAAAGGAUCAAGCUUUCACCGAAUCAUCCCCAAGUUCAUGUGUCAGGGUGGAGAUUUUACAAAGGGUAAUGGGACAGGCGGUGAAUCUAUUUAUGGAAGAACGUUUGCAGAUGAGAACUUUAAGCUGAAGCAUACUGGACCUGGUAUUCUUUCAAUGGCCAAUGCAGGACCCAAUACCAAUGGGUCACAGUUCUUCAUCUGCACAGAGGAGACGCCAUGGCUAGAUGGUAAGCAUGUUGUUUUUGGGCAAGUUGUAGAAGGUUUAAGUGUGGUCAAGGAUAUGGAAGGAGUCGGAUCGAAUAAUGGUCAAACUUCAUCACCCGUUGUAAUUGAAGAUUGUGGUCAGAUAACAGAGAAUUAACUACUGAGGUGUCUAGCUACAGACUAGCUUUUAUGUUACAUGAAUCGGUAUUUGAAAGUUUAUAUUUGCUACCAUGGUAUCGAGCUUUGUAGCUCAAGAUUAUCGCAUGAGUUUAGUCUAUGUCAAGAUCUUUAUAAACAAAUAGUUAAUGUGAACUGCAAAUAAUUGGCUUUAUCCUCAGUUUUCUUUUUGUUUA